UCCCGGAUGGAGCGGCCAUUGGGCGGAAGUGAAUAGAGGUGCACAAUAACUGCGGGCUGGGAGAAGGAAAAAUACAUAUAAACACUUGUAAAAAAAAAUUACACGCACCGUGUGACAGCGUUGGAUAAAAUCCCCAAAACGCAGUGCCUCUGAUACUCGCAGAAACAUCUUUACGCCGGGAGUGCGCUCAAGAGUACCUGAUCACCGGAAUCAAGUCUGGAACUUGCUGAAAAAAAGCGCAGUUCAGCUUGCUCGGAGCCGAGAGGAACCCACGGGCUUCGGGUUACGCCGAGCACCCUCGCCGCCGCAGCUACUUCUUGUUUUUUUGCAAGACUCUUGCUGAAUUCAAAGGGACUCUUGAUGAAUUAUGUCUACCACCAGUAUUGACCCACAGACAUCUAAAGGGCAAGACGCUAAAGUGCAAAAUGGCUCUCUUCAUCAAAAGGAAACCGUCCACGACAGUGACUUUGAACCAUACCUCACUGGCCAAUCUAAUCCGAAUAACAGUUACCAAUCUAUGACCGACCCAUACCUGUCCAGCUACUAUGCCCCCUCCAUUGGGUUUCCAUACCCCCUCAGCGAGGCCCCCUGGUCCACCGGCGGAGACCCACCAAUCCCAUACCUCACUCCGUAUGCCCCCCUCAGCAAUGGAGACCAUCACUUCAUGCAUGACACAGUGUUCGGACAGCCGGGGGGUCUGGGCAGUAGCAUCUAUCCACACCGGUUUAACUUUUUUCCAGAGAACCCUGCAUUUUCUGCCUGGGGAACUAGCGGCUCCCAGGGCCAGCAGACUCAGAGCUCUGCAUAUGGGGGCAGUUACAGUUACCCACCCAGUUCUCUAGGAGGCACCCUGGUGCCAGAUGGGCAAACGGGCUUCCCCAGUGACACCCUAAACAAGGCGCCAGGUAUGAACAGCUUGGAGCAAGGCAUGGUAGGGCUCAAGAUUGGUGGUGAUGUAACAGGAGGUGGAUCAGGAGUGAAAACAGUGGGCUCUGUGAUCGGUGGAGGGCCAGUGGCAGCAGUGGCCACGGGUAAUGGUGGAACUCCUAUAGGCCUGCCACCCCCCAAACCCACAUCCUGGGCAGCCAUCGCUAGCAAGCCAGCCAAGCCUCAGCUGCUUAAGGUGAAGAGUAAGCCAGGGAUGCCCAUGCCUGGAGGCACCCUGCCCCCUCCACCCAUCAAACAUAACAUGGACAUUGGCACUUGGGAUAAUAAGGGGCCUGUGACGAAAGUGGCUUCCCCACUGCCCCCCCACCACCACCACCACCAGCAGCAGCCUCCCCUCCACUCCCAGGGUCACCUACCACCUCAUCCCCAUGGGCUUCCACCCCCACCUCAGCCCCCCAUGCCAUCUGCCCAAUCACUUGCCCAGCAGAUGGCUAUGCAGGGCCCGCCCCCUCCACAGCCUUACCAGAACCACACCCCAGCUCCUCCCCCUCAAACCCGAUGGGUUGCCCCACGCAACCGUAACCCUGGUUAUGGCGGGGGCGGCAGCAUGGACAGCAGUGGCUCCUCAAGUUGUGGAGGGAUUGGUAACGGAGGCGGAAGUGGUCCUCCAGGCUCCGGGACCAACGAGUCGCACCCGGUCCUGGAAAAGCUCCGUGCAGCGCACAGCUACAACCCCAAGGAGUUUGAGUGGAAUCUAAAAAACGGACGGGUAUUCAUUAUUAAGAGUUACUCAGAAGACGACAUCCACCGCUCAAUCAAGUACUCCAUCUGGUGUAGCACGGAACACGGUAACAAACGGCUGGAUUCUGCUUUUCGCACCAUCAACGGCAAAGGUCCUGUCUAUCUGCUGUUCAGUGUUAAUGGCAGCGGACACUUCUGUGGCGUCGCGGAGAUGCGCUCGCCUGUAGACUACGGCACCAGUGCCGGCGUUUGGGCACAGGACAAGUGGAAGGGCAAAUUUGAUGUGGACUGGCUGUUUGUUAAAGACGUGCCCAACAGUCAGCUCAGGCAUAUCCGACUGGAGAACAAUGACAACAAGCCUGUGACCAACUCCCGUGACACACAGGAGGUGCCUCUGGAGAAGGCCAAGCAGGUGCUGAAGAUCAUCGCCACCUACAAACAUACCACCUCUAUCUUCGAUGACUUCUCACACUACGAGAAACGGCAGGAGGAGGAAGAGGUGGUAAGAAAGAACUUGGAGCCUGCACCUCUCCAAACCCGAUCCCGACUGGAUCAAGAACGCCAGAACCGAAAUAAACAAUAGAAGGCUGCCCCCUACAGCUGAUGAGCAUUUGUUUUAGGACUGACCAUUUGAAAAUGAAAUUUAAAGAGGACACAAAAUGAAAUUUAAAAAAAUAAACAAUCAUUAUGUUUUUCUAUUUAAUUCUGGUAACUUCAGCCAGCGUCAGACUCGAGCCUCUGCGCUUGUGGCUUCACCUGUGGGGGCUGAAGUCCAAUAGCGCCUCUCAAUGUUGUCAUCAUUUCGAUUUUUCUUUCUCUUCUUUUUUAUCAUUUGGUAUUGUUUCCAUACCCCUCUCCCCCCUUUGACCAACCAAUAUCUGCACAAGUCUUUCUUUCAUCCUUUUUUUGUUUGUUUGUUUCUUCAGCCCCACUGCUCAUUAUUGCCCAUCAGAGUUGGUUAACCAAAAUGAGUGGGUAGUGAAUUUUGUGAUGUAUGUGUGUAUCAGGGAUGGUGAUGGAGUGUGUCAGUCAUGUCAGAUGGAAGAGUUGAUGGGACAUGUUCAAGCGGGAGAGGGCAUCUUCAGCAUCAGUAACUGUUAUUGGCCAGUUUUAUGUUCUGUAGAUCCAGAAGGUGUUUGAACCCAUUUGUGGAGUAUCGUGUAACUGCGUAGAAGGGACAAUGAAAUGUGUCUUGACAUGAUGAGAUGAUGUUAUAAAAAACAAAAAAAGCUAUAUUUUUUGUAUUAUGUAACACUUUACUUUUUUUUUCUUCAGUGACAAGCCAUGUAUGUCACAAUUCUUUGAACUUUUCUUUUUCCUUUGUGUUUGUCCUGCUUGGAGCCUUAACAUUUAAAAUUUACGGUGUCAUCAAAACCGUUUAAUAAUGGCUGUUUUAUACCUCAUAUGAAACAGCAUUAUCAGGGAGAAGACAUCACAUGCAUCCUUACCCAAGGGAAGUCGACAUUGUCACUGGCUGGACUAAAAAAAAACAAAACAGUAAAACUGGUUUUAGUUAUUGUUCGAAGACGAGUGCUGACACUCUGUUCACAUACCUACUUGUUCAAAGAGCAGAAAUGUUACUACUUACUGUUCCAAACCCCACCCAGCAGAGGUCGCUGUUUCUUUAAACCAAUCUGAGAGAUGUAGCAAUUCUAUGCUUUCAUUUGAAAUCACUUUAGAUUCUUCACUUUUUUUGUUUCUUGUUCUUUCUUAACAAAUGUAAUUUUAUCGCUUUUUUCCUUCCCCAUUUUCUCAGUAUAUUGCUAAGCUUUAACGUAGGAUUAUAUAAUUAUAACAAUAACAAAGAACGCCUCAAAACUUGUAACCUGAAAAUUAAUGUUACUGAUUUACUGUUAAAAUUAAGAGGACAAAAACAAACAAACAAACAAAAAAAGAGUAUAUGGUUUCUGUGUGUGAUUUUCUAGGACCUGCUUGCUGUUUUGUGUGUUUGUGUGUGGGAGAGCAGAAUUGAACCAUGUGAGUGGUUUCAGAUUUCUAGAGUCAUAUAACAAAAGAUUCAUGAAAAUAUAUGAAAUGCUAAAAAUAUUUAAAAUAAAAAAAGAAUUACAAGACAAACAUUUAAGUCACCCCUGAAAUGAAUAUGCAUUGUAUUGGAAGGUCACUAUCUAUCACAUUCUUAGAUUUGAUCAUGUUCAUUAUUAAAAUAAUACUAUAUGGUGUAAUUGGUCUAUGAUACUGUUCUUUUUACUGCUUUGUGAGACUGUCUAUGUGAGGAUUGUACUGUCAUUGUGGCAGAUUGGGUAGUUGAUUGUUUUUGCACAGAGAUGCCCAACACAAAGAAAGAUUUUUGUGUGACCAUUAACUGAUAGGGUUUAGUUAGAUUUGGAAGGUGAAGAAAACACCUUGGCACAACAGAAUUACAUUUUUGUUUAUAAUUUUUUUUAAUUUCAAAAUAAUUUGGGAUUUAGUAAUAUCCAUGGUUUUGUGAGAAUACCCAUGAUUUAUAUAUAUAUAUAAAAAGAAGAAACAGCCUAGAAAUAGAGCUAAUUAUGAAAAUUGUGGAAAUAAUGUAAUCCCCGUCAUGCCUGGGCAUAUUUAAGGUGAAAGUUUGGUAAAGAAUAGUUUAUAUUUGACAUGUUAUCUUGUAAUUAAAUUAAUAAGGCUGUGUUAUCGGUUUGUCAUGUUCAGAGAGAAAUAGCUAUCAUAUUGUGCAAAUAUUAUUUUAUUAACUGCACAUUAAGAACACUAUCAAACUACAAACAACGUGUUACAGUAAAGACUCAAUGAAAAGAAACAUUAUGUGCAUGCCUAUACUGUAAACAUUUUUUUAUUAUUAAAUGAUAAACUUAAUAUAUUAACCUUCUGAGACUGUAAAAAUCUGCUUGUCACUUUAUAAGGUAUUGUUUAUCACUGUAAAAAUGACAGAAGAGCACAUGAUGACAUGAAUAGUGGCUCUUCUGGAGCAAUGACCAAUAAACAUGUAGAGAUAGUGCUCAGUAUCACUCACACAAACCCUGAACACAAUCAGGGUAGCACAGGUGAAAUUAAAAUAAUGCAGUAAACAUGAACUAAACUACAUCAAAUGUAACACAGAACACCCCAAAGGAUAUAAAAAAUAAGAAGAAACAUAUCUAUUCCCAUAAGAUAUAAUGAAAUGUAAUGGGUCACGCAGGGAAUUGUAGGAACGCGCGAUUAUUGUUUUUUUACCGUAAUUUUAACAAUAAUUUAUUGUAAAAAGUACAUAUACUCCUAAUUGUUAAUUAUACAGGGGAAUCAUAAUUUUACAUCUUUUUUGUACAACAUACAAUUUUACAAAACAUAUUUUUUACAGCAUUUUUGUGUAUUGCCUUUUAAAAAAUAUAUAUUUUUUAAAACGUAUAUUUUACGGUAAAUACUCGUUAAGCAACAUACUUAUUUAAUAAAUUUUUUACUGUAGCAUUUUUAUUUUAUUUUUGUCAGUCUUUUACCAUUUUUUACAGUAUAGCACUUACAUAGACUGUUGAGAUUCAACAUCAUUAUUGAGAACACUUUAAGACAAUGGUUACCUUAUGCAUUGUGAAAAACUCAUGGAUAUGUGCAUAACAGUAGAUGGGCUAUGAUGGGCCACACAUGUACAUAGCAAAAUUAUUUCCUAAAGAUCAAAUAAAUAAUGUAGAAAAGGUGUUGAAUUUAUUAUUGAAACAGGGAACAAAAAGUAUCUCCUUCAGACGUGUGGAUUCAUUAGAUAACAGAAUAGAUUGUCUGAAUUGAUUGGCGGCCAUCUUGCUUUUACCCAUCCAGCCCAUCAAUAAAUCAAUAGACAUAAGGGGAGGAGUGGGUGAUUAUGUGGAGUUCAGGUAGAAGGUCAAAAAUAUAAACCCAGGUGACAGAUUUGGAUGAAAUAAGGCUUUUUUGCAUUAACAGAGAAAGUCAAUGUAGAUGACUGCAGUUUUUGUUUCAAAAUUUAAAAACAAUCCUUGUACACACACAAACAUAUUUUCACCUAUUUUUAAGAUUGACUUAUUUGAAUUUGAGAACAAAAUUCCAUCAAAUUGAAUUGUGUUUAUAUAUAUAUAUAUAUAUAUAUAUGGAAUUUUGUUAUGAACAAUAAUUGAAUUUCACAUUCCUGUCAGCUCCCAAAUUAAUAUUCCUAUCAUGCACCCGCAAACCAAGCGGCCUCACUCAGUUCCUGCUCAGUCAAAUACAGCACUGUGGCUUGCCGAGAAUUAAUGCGCACUUCUUCAGUCUGCAUUCUGCACAUCUCCCGUGUUGUCGCUCAUAUUCCGAGACGGGUUUGCC